CCCUCUGCGUCAACAGUGUGCUGCAAUGAGACUCGUUACAUAUGCAGCUCGUGCUUCCGAUGAUUCUGCCGUCCGUCAUGGCGUCGUCACGUGGUCGUGGUCACGUGUUUGCAAAGGGUGGUUCAGAAUAUGCUAUACACUCAACAGGAUGUGCUAAAGUUGAAAACUGUGUCAAUGGCUCGGUCAACUUUGGAAUGAAGGAAAUCAAAAUUACCACCAAGUGUUGCACCCCUGACCUCUGCAACACCCAGCCGGCCCCAGGACCCAGCAGAUCCAAACCGAACGGUAAACAGUGCUACUACUGCGAUGAGAAAUCUUGCACCAACAUCGUAAACUGUGAGGGGACUGAGGACAACUGCAUCACAGCAACACACACCCAAGGAGCAAUAAGCCGGACCUUCAAGGGCUGUGCGUCCAAGCGGCUGUGCACCCCGACAUGGGAUCCAUCCUGGGCCGGAGAAAUGGCAUCUACCUGCUGUGAGGGGAACUUAUGCAACGGCGACGGCGGCGGCAACGGCGACGGCAACGGCGGCGGCAACGGCAACGGCGACAACGGCGGCGGCGACAACGGCGGCGGCGGCGGCAACGGCGGCGGCAAUGGCGGCGGCGGCAACGGCGGCGGCGGCAAUGGCGGCGGCGGCAACGGCGGCGGCGGCAAUGGCGGCGGCGGCAACGGCGGCGGCGGCAACGGCGACGGCGGCAACGGCGGCGGCGGCAACGGCGACGGCGGCAACGGCGGCGGAGGCGGCGGCGGCAACGGCGGCGGAGGCGGCGGCGGCAACAGCGCCAGCAGCCACAGCAUUGGCCUGGUGCUGCUGGCCGCCCCGCUGCUCUCUCUGAUCGUUACCUCUUAUUAA